UGUACUGGAAUAUAAGUCCCGGUGGAGGUACCAUCCGGGGUCUGCGGCCUUUCAUCGGCCAUGUGGUUGGCGGAGGUGCUGAAGCGAGCAUCGGGGGAUUGACUGAGAACACUUCUCCAAAUUUAUCUCCCUCUCCGGAUUAUUGGAGAAAAAGUGAUCCACGAUGCCUCAGGCUAAAGCAAAGAAACCCACAACGCCCGGAAAGAAGGAGGAGAAGGGCGAAGCCAAGAAGCCUCUGCAGGAGAAGAAAGAGAAUGUCCCAGCAAAGGGCAAGAAGGAAGGAGCUGCCAAACCAGCUCCCAAGAAGAAGGAACCUGCUGCCAAGCCAGCUGCUGGUGCCGACGCUGGCAAGGGCAAGGAUAAGACCAAGAAGAGGAAGCUGAAUGAGACCAAGCCCAAGGCUCCAAGCACUGAUGCCAAGAAGAAGAAGGUGGAGAAGAAGGUGCAGGGCAAGGCAGGAGCUGCCGCCCCUAAGGCCAAGAAGCCCGUCAAGAAACAGCUGGCUUCCAAAGUCAAAUCCCAGAAGAAACGCCUGAGGCGCAGGAGGCCCGCCCGCACCGGCAAGCAGGAGAUUAUUGUCUAUGAGGGACGCCGCUAUUUCAUUCUGCCCAGUGGCAAGUUGAAGGCUAUGCUGGAUAUCAAGCUGGAGGAGAAUGACAAGGUCACCAAAGUUGAUGGCACUUUCAUCAAGAAGACUGACGUCAAGGCCCUUGAGGAGUACAAGGAGUCCAUCAAGAGCCUGCCAGCACCCACAAUGAAGAGGAAGCUGAAGCUGAAGCUGCAGAUCCUGAGGAGAAACAUGAUGAAGGACCUGCUGAAGGAAGCCCGAGUCACCAACAAGCCCAGCCUUGCCACAGCCAGGGACGCCGGCCGCGAGAUGCAAAUCCUGACUCUCUUCAAGGACACCUGGGUGAGGAAGAAGUCUGUGCCCCGCCUGACAAUUUUCUUCCGCAACAAGACCACCAAGAUCAAGGCUGCCAGGAAGGAGAAGGGCCCCAAGGAUUUGACUGAGGCAGAGCAGAAGACCCUCAAAAGGUACACAACCAAGGUCCUGCUGGAAGAGAACCGUAAACUCAGACAGGCUCUCCUCAGCAAGAGACCGAGUGUAGCAACGAAGCAGAAGUCUGCUAAGCCACAGAAGAAGCCUGCCAAGAAGUCCGCGCCAAGCAAGGCUGCCCCCAGCAAAGCUGGUGCUGACAAGAAGCAGAAGCGCCCCGCCAAGAAGGCUGCCAACUAAAGCCCCAUUGUGAGUGGCUCCACCUCCUUGGCCUGGCACAGCUGAAUGGAUUGGUGGCAUCACAUGGGAGCAGGGUUGAGCAGCGAUGAGGGGCUGGUACCAAGAAUUUCAUGUGCUACUUGUGGGAUUCUCAGUCACCACAUGUCUCAUGAAUUAAGUUUAUAAUGCUUACAAGUGUAGCUUUUGAUCAAUAGGUUAUAAAAGAUUAUCAUUGAAUUUAUAUUUUUCAUUUAGGCAAAAGUUUACCCUAAUGAUUACAGUUUAUAUGACAAGCUGUAAGAUACCUUGACAUUUUGCAGUAUGAGAAUGUAAAAAUUUUUUAUUUUGUCUGAUACAAACAAGUUUAGUUUUAGUAUUCAGUUAAUACUAAUAAUUUUUAACAAAGGUUUGGAUGUGCAAUAUGAUGCUGUCAAGAUGUCAUGUCGACUGAGGUGAUGGGAGAUGUUUUACUUCGGAUAUAGUAGAAGUCUGCCAAUCGCUGUGUAUUUGGAAUUGCAUUUUUGUACUACUUGGAGUCUUAUUGCUUGCAUAUCUUCCAUUGACCUUGGAUGUGAAUGUUUGGGAUUAAGCAUUUAAAACUUAUCCAGUCCCUAAA